GCUGGGGGGGCACUGUUUGCUCCCCUGGGCAUUGGUAUUUGGGUCCUCAGACAUCUUCUUGCUUAAGGACCUAGAAGUCUAAGGACUGAGGAGGACAAGUUCCCAUCUUUCCUCCUUUAGGCUCAAAAGUGUGCAUGCCUAGGCCCUUCUCCUGAAGGUCUAGAAUUCUAGGGCCCCCUCCCCUCCUCCUUCAGAACCUAGAGUCUGACCCCCAGCCUCUCCUCCUUCAGACCCAGGAGUCCAGACCCCCAGCCCUUCCUCCCUCAGACCCAGAAGUCCAGGCCACCAGUGCACUCAGGGGCUGGUGUUCCCUUCCAUGGAAGCCCAGUCAGGGGUCAUCAGGAGCAGAGCCAUGGGGCCGUGGGGAUGGAAGGAAUGUGUGUGGGAGGUCUGGGUGAGGAGGAAAGGGUGGGGCGGCCUCCUGCCUCAGGGACCUGGGGAGACAGGGGUUAAAAGGAAGCACCAGGAGUGUCUGGGGACAGGAACAGCCUCUUCCAGGGAGGCCAGGAAGCCCGGGUGUCUGUCUGGCCUGGGCCCCACAGCCCAUACAUCCUCUGCUGUCUGUCUCACUGGCUCUGGCUCCUAGGCACCCUCUCUGCUUUCAGUGUCCCGUCUCUCCCCAUAACACCCUGCAUUUCUGACUCUCUCUGCCUCUUUGUCUAUCUGCCUGUGCACGUGCUGUCCCUGCCCCAACCCAAGAACCCCUCGGCCAGGAGUCCUCUGGACCCCCAGGUAGCCGGCCCCCAGCAGGAAUGGGCACGAAGACGCUGGUAGUACUGAUCCUGAUGGCCGCAGCCUGGGCAGAGGAGCAGAAUAAGGUGCUGCAUGGUGGACCGUGUGAGCAGACGUCUCACCCCUACCAAGCUGCCCUCUACACAUCAGACCACUUGCUCUGCGGAGGGGUUCUCAUUCACCCGCUGUGGGUCCUCACUGCUGCCCACUGCAAAAAGCCGAAUCUUCAGGUCUACCUGGGAAAACACAACCUUCAGCAAAGGGAGAGUUUCCAGGAGCAGAGCUCUGUUGUCCGGGCUGUGGUCCACCCUGGCUAUAAUGCUGCCACUCAUGACCAGGACAUCAUGCUGUUACGCCUGUCUCACCCAGCCAAAUUCUCUGAACGCAUUCAACCACUCCCCCUGGAGCAAGACUGCUCGGCCAACCACACCAGCUGCCACAUCCUAGGCUGGGGCAAGACAGCCGAUGGUGGAUUUCCUAACACCAUCCAGUGUGCAUACAUCCAUCUGGUGUCCCAUGAGGAGUGUGAGCGUGCCUACCCCAGCCAGAUCACCCGGAACAUGGUGUGUGCUGGGGAUGAAAAGUACGGGAAGGAUUCCUGCCAGGGUGAUUCCGGGGGCCCGCUGGUGUGUGGAGACCGUCUCCGAGGUCUUGUGUCAUGGGGAAAUGUCCCCUGUGGAUCCAAGGAGAAGCCAGGAGUCUACACUGAUGUCUGCAGAUAUGGCCACUGGAUCCGAAAAACCAUUCAGGCCAACUAACCCUGACAUGUGACAUCCAACUCUUGACCUGUGACCCCCACCUGCUGGCUCCAGAAUAUCUCUGACCAAGACUUUACCUUCCCUCCACCUGCCUAGAUCCAACCCUUAAUGCUUAAUAAAAGCAGUGACGUGACAGCACAAAUUCACCCUGAUUUUACCCCAGCCCCAUCCUCGCAUCACUGGGGGCAAGUGGGGAUAUGAGCUAAGGUCUUACCCCCACCACUAAGAGAAUACAGGAAAACUCCUUCCAAGCAUCUCUUCUUUCCUGGUUGUCUCAUGGGCUCUACUCCUUCCUGCAGAGGGGUGGUCACAAGUCUGGCAAAUUUCUGCUCCUUGCUAGUCGUCUGCCCUUAGGAAGUGACUUCCUUCACUGUGUAGAUUUUCUCAUCUGUAACAUAAGGAUAAUGACAGGACAUUCCUCAUUAGGUGACAGCUGUCAUUGGGAAGAUUCAAGAUUCCAAACGUGUGGAACACAGACAAGAGGCCCUGACACCCUAACACACCUGCUUGAACAAUAAAGAGUGGAUUUUAUUAUUA